AUUGGAAAGAUAUUUUAUUAAUCAAAUGUAAUCACCAGAUACAGAAGCACAUGUAUGAGAAACCUAAUUAUUAAUCAUAUCUGGUACCACCUGCAUGCUUUAUUGUUAUUUUAUGUUGGAUCUAUUGUUCUUUUUUUUAUAGAUUUUGAGGAAUUAACCUUAUUCUCUUUUACAUACUUGGUUAUGAUUAGAUAAUUGAGGGAUUUGGAGAAAUCAUGAAUAUAAUUGACUUGUUGAUGAAUAUGCAUUGGUUUAAAGUAUUUAGAAGUGAUAACUAUUUGAUUUUUGUAAUAGCAGCAGGCUAUGCAGCGAGGAGAAGGCAGUGAAGGAGACAGUGUCCACGACCAUCCUGGAUCAGGUUCCGAUGCUGAUAGUCGCUCCAUAGUUUCAGAAACGGGUCCCACAGUUGUUGUUGAGGUUAAAAAGUUUGAGGUUAAUGUGGAGCGGACCACAGGAGGCCUUGGACUGUCAAUUGCAGGGGGCCACGGGUCAACACCGUACAAAGGAGAUGAUGAAGGCAUCUUCAUAUCCCGUGUUACUGAUGGGGGUCCAGCCCAUAUGGCGGGAUUGAGAGUAGGGGAUAAGCUUCUGAUGGUCAAUGGCCGGGACGUUGAAGCUGUUGAUCAUUAUGAAGCUGUGAACAUUAUGCGCGAAGCAGGUUCACAGUUAAGGCUGGUGGUGUCACGAGAGGUCACUACUCUAGUUCCAGAAAAGAAGACUGUGAAACUGGAGCCCAUAGCUAACCAUGUAGUUACUCAUAACAUCACAAACACCUCACCUCCAAGUAGUGUAUUAAAAGCUAGUCCAGAGCAGACUAUGCCACAAGAGAUUACUGCCAACCAUGUAGGGCUACCAGUAAAUGGACACACCGCAAUGGCAACAGUGAAUGGGGAGCAUCCCAACGUCAAUGGAGACAGAGAACCCAAUGGAGAAAUGGAGCACUAUGACAACGUCAACUCCCCAACGCAGAUCCUUACGGAGACCAUUUACACCACACUCAUGAGGGACCACAAUGGCCUGGGCUUCAGUAUAGCCGGGGGACGAGGAGCUGCUCAGUUCAGGGACCAGGCUAUAUAUAUAUCCAGAAUAACAGAGGGUGGAGCUGCAGCCAAAGAUGGAAAGUUAUUGGUUGGGGAUAGAGUUAUAUCUAUUAACGGUGUUGAUCUGGAUGGAGCUCGUCAUGAUCAGGCAGUUUCAAUGUUAACUGGCCUUGAAAGAUUUGUUCGUUUGGUUGUGCACCGUGAGACUCUUGUUCCUGCAGGUCAAGGGAACAAUAAUAAUAAUAACAACACUAAAGCAUCCCCACGUGUGUUUGGGGCUCCUCGCCCAUACACAGGCCUGUACAGUGCUGGUUCCUACAUGGCUAACAGGCCAAGCUACACAGGGUAUAGACGUGCUCAGCCAGGUGGCCGGAUAUCAGGCUCAAGUUUACCAGAUACAAAUCACAGCACCACAGGGAGCCCUGGUGCAUCCCCAUCCAUAGCGACCAAGCUGCCACAACAGAUGGGUGGAGGAGUCAACACGUCCACUGCUCCCAGCAACAGCGCAGAAAGCUUCCCUACUGGUACCACCCAGGUAGCCAGCAACAGACCUCUAACUAAUGAUGAUUUUCAGGCUAUGAUCCCACAGCACUUCCUCCAGGGAAGGGCACGGGAGGAAGCCACUCCUGGUGUGCAUGUGACUGUCAACUUGCCAACAGAGGAUACCCCUAUGGGGAUGGCUUUCCCUCCACCCCCUACCAAGUUAGGGAAAGUUACGGAGAGUAUCACCAAAUCCACCCUGACUGAGACGGUGUUAACACGGAUCACUGACAACCAGUUAGCACCAGUGCCACUGGUGGUUGAGGAUGUACAGUUAUUCAAGGAUGGAGGACCAUUAGGCUUAAGCAUUAUUGGAGGAUCAGAUCAUUUUUGUGUUCCGUUUGGCACCUCACCAGAUGACCCAGGGAUAUACAUAUCAAAAAUCACUGCAGGUGGAGCGGCACACAAAACUGGAAAGCUCCGAAUGGGGGAUCGUAUUCUUGCUGUUAAUGGGACAGACAUGAGUGGGGCAUCACAUCAAGAAGCUGUCAUGGCCCUCCUGAAUCCACCCAAUGAAAUUGUCCUAACUGUUCGGCAUGACCCACAACCAAAGGGACUAAAGGAGGUGAUCAUCAAGAAGCUGGUGGGAGAGCGUCUGGGAAUGAACAUCAAAGGUGGCGUGCAAGGCUCCCCUGGAAACCCUCUGGACAAGUCAGAUGAGGGAGUCUUCAUCUCUAAAAUUAACUCAAAUGGAGCCGUGCACAGGGACGGCAGACUGAAGGUUGGACAGAGGGUGUUGGAAGUGAAUGAAAACUCCUUAUUAGGCAUCACACAUGAAGAAGCUGUGAACAUCAUGCGCGGGGCAGGGUCCACUAUCAGACUGAUUGUAUGCGAUGGUUAUGACUAUCAACUGGUUCAGCAGAUGAAGGCUGAGGGUCGCUUAGGCCAUGAGUCUCGCAGCACAAGCCAGAGUGUCACAUCCCUCGAUAAGGAGGAACGCGAAAAUUCAACACAACCACAUGAUGCAUCUUCGCUGCAUGGAGACUCUCCCAGUGAGGCAUCAUCAGCACAACUACCACCACCGACUGCCCAGUCACCAUCUCCCCACCAAAUACCCUCCCCUCAACUCACACUAAAAUCCCAAACAACUUCGCCAUCACCCCAACCGCUGCCACGCUCCUCGCUCCCGGCACAUGAGCAUGAGAGGUUCCCCACCCCUGAUCCUGAGAGAGAGCUGAGCACCCCUGACACAGAUGAUGAAGUGGGGCAUGACACGCCACUUCCCCCGCACCUCUCUGCUCCCCUCUCUUCCAAGGAAAAAUCCACUCCAGAAAUUGUGAUGGAGGUUGUAAGAGUAGCAGAACAACUGACAUCUCGCCCACCGUCUCAGAACUCAGCAGUUGUGCCAGGGUCUCCGCUGGAACGGAAAACUUCGGCUGAUAAGAAAACUACUGUUGUUUUGGCCAAGCACACUCUUGCUCCACAGACUAGUACAAAUUUUGUUGAACCAUCAAGAUUACAAUGACAAGAGCACUUUGGUCCUUAACUGCCCUGCUCUCACCACCACUACCACAGCAACCAACACCACUACACAUUGUAUUGGUUGUCAACUUAUCAUAU